CGUGAAAUGAUUCAUUGCUUCAUCUCUAAGCCAACCCACAUGUUAGCACACUCUACUAUCUUCUUGUCGCCUUCACUUCAUUUACACAUCAAACUACACACAACUUAUUUUCCAUUCUUUCUUCCCAAAGUUGCUUUCACCCACCAACAUUCUGAUUCUAACACCAUUUCCCUGUUUUCUGUUUUCUUCCCCUAAAUCCACAUUAAUUGCAAUCUAAUCCUUCUCACUAAUGGGAAACUGUAUAAACUCAACUGAAAAACUCACGGCGGAGAUUUUACCCAACGACGGAGCCACCGAAUACCCCACCGUCCGUCUACACGGCACGCCGGACAGUAUUUUCUCUACAUACAUUCGCUUCGCCAUUCUCCAAAAUACCACUUCCUCGGACGUCAUUCCACCUUCCAGACAGUCACCGCCGCCGUAUAAAACGGCGGCGCGUGGGUUACAACCUAACUGGGAGAAUUCAAUAACGGUUCCAAUGAGGUCGGAGUUCGAGUCAGGCUCCCGCGACGCGCUUCUAAGGUUUAUCGACGCGCGGUUUCCGGACCUAUCGGCGGAAGAACCGUCGUCGUCGGUGGUGCCGGUGAGUGGAGGUGUUGAGAGCGAGGAUGCAACGACGUCGUUGAUGGUGAGAGUGACGCGGUUGCAGCAUAAGAGCGUGACGUGGCAUUUGGAGAGGUUGGUGAGAUGGGCUGAGGAUCUGGCAACACGUGGAGGGAGGAAGGCCGUUGAUCCGAAGAUGGGGAGUUGGAAGAUGGAGGUGAAGAAAUUUGGAAGGAGCUACUCUCAGUUGCUGGAAGUGAUGAUGGAGCAUGCUCAAAUGGAAGAGAGAGUUCUCUUCCCUAUUUUUGAUAGAGCUGAUCGAGGGCUAUCUAAGGCUGCAAAGGAGGAACAUGCUAGGGACCUGCCUAUCAUGAAUGGCAUCAAAGAAAUCAUCAAAUCUAUUGAGGUUUUAGACUCAGGAAGCCCCAAUUACAGUGAGACUUUGUACAAUCUUUCUAUCAAGCUCAAUUCAUUUCAGGAACAAUGCAAACAACACUUCAUGGAAGAGGAUUUGGAAUUACUUCCAUUAAUGGAGGCAGUGGAGUUGAGCAAAGAGCAAGAUAAGAGAGCACUAGAGCAAUGUUUUGAUGUGAUGCAAGCAACACAUAGUGGGUUGUUAAAGUUCCUUGUUGAAGGGCUCUCACCUAAUGAUGCAAUGAAGUACAUGGACUUGAUCAGCAUGUGCAAGGACAGAGAGAAAAUGGAAUCAAUGUUACGAAAGAUGAUUGAAUGACAUUCUCUUCACAUGACCAUGGGUCCAACUAGAACACUCACAUGGAUGGAUGAAUUAUGAAGCAUAUUGCCAUAUUAUAUGACAUUUUAUAUUGCCAUAUUUUAUGCACUUUACGAAAGUCCAUGCAAAAUUUCAACUGUUUUUUAUUCUUCUUUUUUCCUUCGUUGGUGUAAUUUGUCCUUGUAAAAAUCACCAUGAGUUUUAAUCUAUAGUCCUAGCUCUUUAGCUUCCUCUUUGCAGUGUUACUGCUCUGUAGAGACGAUUAAACAUGAUCCGGGUUCUGAAUGACUUGCUCAGCACUCGUUCUAUGUAAAGAUCAAGUCAUAUGCCCAUUCGAUGCUCGAAUACGUAUUAGUCUAUUCUGCAUAUUUCUGAAUGAA